ACAACAUCACGAGAGGAGGAGUUGAAGGACAUCAAAUUUCUGGAGAACUGGAGCUCCGCAAAGUCAGCAAGUUUUUACACACAUGUGGCGAUCCCUCCUUGCAAAGGGUUCAAUUCCUAUCAGAACAAGCUUCACCCGCCUCACGAACCCCCAGAGCCGCGCAGCCGCCUUCGGCACUACUGCAAAGAUGGCGUCCACCACUUCGGCCAACAGAGACCCAAACACCCUGUCAAACUAUGGCGCGUGGCUGACCAAGCACACCACCGCCAACCUGACAAUCGACUUCAAGGACAAGUCUCUCAAGGGCUCCGUCACCCUCGAGCUCGAGUCCUUGACGGACAGCCAGAGCAAGGAGAUCAUCCUCGAUUCGAGCUUCCUCUCCAUCUCGGGCGUCAAGGUCAACGCCGCCACCUCGACAUGGGAGCUCAAGGACCGCGUGGAGCCGUACGGCGCCCCUCUGCACGUCUUUGUGCCCCAGGGCGCCGCCAAGGGCGAGGUGGUCAAGGUCGACGUCGACCUCGCUACCACGGACAAGUGCACCGCCCUGCAGUGGCUCACGCCCGCGCAGACGAGCAACAAGAAGCACCCGUACAUGUUCUCCCAGUGCCAGGCCAUCCACGCUCGCUCGCUGUUCCCCUGCCAGGACACGCCGGACGUCAAGUCGACGUACAGCUUCGUCCUCGCCUCGCCUCUGCCCGUCGUCGCCAGCGGUGUCCUCGUCGAGGGCUCCGGCAAGGAUGAGAAGAAGGGUGACGACACGGUCUACCGCUUCGAGCAGAAGGUUCCCAUCCCGUCGUACCUGUUCGCCCUAGCCUCGGGUGAUAUCGCCACGGCGCCUAUCGGACCGCGGAGUAUCGUUGCCACGGGACCUGAUGAGCUCAAGGAGUCGCAGUGGGAGCUGCAGAACGACAUGGAGAAGUUCAUGGAGGUUGCGGAGAAGCUUGUCUUCCCUUACCGGUGGGGUCAGUACAACGUUCUUGUCUUGCCGCCUAGUUUCCCCUACGGCGGUAUGGAGAACCCGAUUUACACGUUUGCUACGCCGACCAUCAUCAGCGGCGACAAGCAGAAUGUCGACGUUAUUGCACACGAGCUGAGUCACUCGUGGAGUGGUAACUUGGUGACUAGCUGCAGUUGGGAGCACUUCUGGCUGAACGAGGGCUGGACCACAUAUCUUGAGCGCCGUAUCGGUAUGGCUGUCCACGGUGAUGCUGAGCGCGACUUCUCCGCCAUCAUCGGCUGGAAAGCCCUUGAGGACGCUGUCGCUCUCAACGGCGCCGACUCCGAGUUCACCAAGCUCAUCAUCAACCACAAGGGCAUUGACCCCGAUGACGCCUUCAGCACCGUCCCCUACGAGAAGGGCUUCCACUUCCUCUACUACCUCGAGCGUCUCGUCGGCAUGGAUGCCUUUGACAAGUUCAUCCCCCACUACUUCACAAAGUGGUCCCGCAAGUCCCUCGACUCGUUCGAGUUCAAGGACACCUUCCUUACCUUCUUCAACGGCCUCGGCGACGAGGAGAUUAAGAAUAAGGUCGCCUCCAUCGACUGGGAUACGUGGUUCUACCAGCCCGGUCUCCCGCCUAAGCCCGCCUUCGACACCACCCUGGCUGAUGUCUGCUACAAGCUGGCCGAGAACUGGAAGGACGAGUCCUUCAAGCCCUCCGCCGAAGACGUGGCCUCCUUUUCCGGAAACCAGAAGCUUGUCCUCCUCGAGACGAUCGAGAAGUUCCCGUCUCCUCUAUCUGCUGAUCGCGCAAAGCUGCUCGGCACCGUGUACGACCUUGUGUCGUCGCGCAAUGCCGAGCUCAAGACGGCGUACUACAAGAUCGCGCUCGCCGCCGAGGACUCGUCCGCGUAUCAGGGCGCCGCAGAGCUACUGGGUCACGUUGGCCGCAUGAAGUUUGUGAGGCCGCUAUUCCGGUCGCUCAACAAGGUCGAUCGGGAGCUUGCGCUGAAGACUUUUGAGAAGAACAGGGACUUUUACCACCCCAUUUGCCGUGGUAUGGUGGAGAAGGAUCUCGGACUUGUGUAAAUUAAGCGAUAGGGGGGGGGAUGGUAUAGGGGCGAGGAGCGAUGUUACUCAGAAGCACCAUAUCGAGUGUCUCAUUCCCAACGCAGAAGUCGAAGCAAAGCAGGUGUAAAACACCGCAAAUACCUAGGCACGGGAUCAUGCUUAAAGAGCCCAUGCAGCCUUUUAAGCCUCCCGACUGUCUGGCGUCCAAAACAUUCCUCCAUCACCCAAUUGUGUGUCGUUGGUAAAGUUACAAAAGGCUGUUUAUCGAUACAUCGCCAUUCAAUUGUGUGUUGUAGGAUAUUUAGUGAUAUUAAUCCUUGCUACGAGGCUCUACAAAUUGAUCUGCUCUAGAAAGCUCUUGUCGUCUCCUCCAUGUUUUUAUUACUUUAUUUAUAUAAUUACUAGGAGACCCUGUUAUUGUUUUUAUUUAUUAUUCUCUUUCAUAACUCUAAUUAAAAAAUAUUUACUAAUAAUUGAAAUCUUUAAAUUAA